AUAUUCACCGUAGCAUAGAGUGGUUGUAAGCAACACUUAUAGAUAAGCAAAACGAAACUGAUGUCACCAAUAAGAAAAAAAAACAAAAACAACUUUUAUGAUGAUGAGAAGAACCAUUGAUUCAAAAAAUGGCUUCCGAUUUUUUAUGGAUUACUUUUGUUGUAUUAUCUAACUUCUACCACUACACUACAUCAAAAAGCAUAGAUAACUGCCAUCAAGCCAAAUAUAUAUGUGUGAGAAACGAACAUUAUGACUUUGCUCCUAAUUGUUCAAAAAUUGGAACACCUUUGCAGCUUAUUAACAAACGAAAUUGUCUCAUGUCGGCAUGCUUGAAUAACAGUAACGUGGUAAUAUAUAAUACAAAAAGGUUUAGUUGUUCUAUGUACAGCUGUGAAUCAAACAGUGAUGGAACUGAUUGGGCAUAUGAUUGGAAAAAUGGCAUGGACAAUGUGGGCAAACCUUUCAUAUUUGCUUUUGUUUUACCACAUCCUUCUCAACAAAUGUGUCAUAACUCAUACUUCAUCCAAAAGAUCUUUAAAACUUUGAAUAUCCACAACAUUUGUCCUAAUAUUACAACAUAUAAGGCAGUAAAUGAUGUUGAGAGAUGUAUGUCAACUGCAUGUGAUGAGAAUGCAGAUGUUUUAGACUUUUCAGAUGGCACAUGUAAAAUAAUGAAUUGUAAGAAAUGGUUUUACCAUGACCUAUCGCCAAUGAAAAUGUUGAAUAAAUCAGUUGUAUUUACCAAGUCGAGCAGGCUAGAUGAAGUUUUUCUGCAUAAUAUACAGAGAACUAAAUCAACAAGAAAAUUUACAACUAAAAAUUUCGAAAUGACAAUGAAUGAUAAAAGCUUAUUAAAAACUAUCACUGAUGUGAGUUCUUUUGACACCAUGCCGAGGGAUCAGAAUGACGUUUCUCAAGAUAUGAAACCAAGAGCCACAAAAUCAACAAUUAAAAGUUUUGAUGUGGCAAUAACUGAUAAAAGUAUAUCAGACAUUGAAACGAGAAAAAGUAUCACUGAUGUUAGAUCUACUUUUUCCACAGAGGAAAUGAAACCUGAUCAAUCACAAAAUCUGGACAUCAAAGUACUUCCCUUGAUUAUAAUUGGGCCAUCCUCAGGAUUGAUUGCUCUAAUAGUGGGAUGUGUAAUUCGACAACGAUUCAAAAGACUUGCGGCAUCAAAGGUGACCUCGGAGAUUUCUUCAGAUUUCCCAUCUUCUGAGUUUUCCAUACACUCUUCAGAUAUUCCAUCUGGCAGAAAUUCUGGAGCUUCAUCCUAUGUUUAUGCAUCGCUAGAUGAGUCAAAGAUGCUUCCACAGCAGUUUUUUCAAAAUAUGACAAAUCAUUUAUGGGAAAGUGAUUCUUUCCAAGCAGGAGAAUCAAAUCAUCUUGAAAUAUCUGGUGCAAGUGCCAGAAUUGACCCCACGACAAAUGAUAUGGGUGAAACAGUACCCUUACGAGGGAUGCAUCCUGAAGAAAGUGAACAAUAGGCAUACAUUAUUAUGGCUUUUGGGAUAUUAAUUCAUUAAUGAUUAAGAAACCUAUCCAUGUGUAAUUCUAAUCUCAAUUUACUUUAAAGGAUUGGUAUCGAUAUGGCGAACUGAAUUCAACGUUGUUUUUCUUUUGAACUAAUUAUUGAAAACUGAAGAAUGAAAUACAAUAGCUUUCUGAACCUUGUUGGAACAAAAUAGCUUAUACAACAUUUUCUUACACUUCUCAAUAUCAAAUUUGGUUGAUUUAACAAAAAAGUAUUAAAACAAAAAACUAAAAAAAAAAUAAAAAAAAAAAUAAAAAAAGUAAACCUUUUAUUUCAUUAACAA